AUGGCCAAAGGGAGACGCUUCAACCCACCUUUACACAAGGAUGGAAGAUGGUUCCCUCACAUUGGACUAAAGCAAAAGACUCCGGAAUCCAUCACCAGUGCUAUGUUAAAAGAGCCCCGUAGUCCACGCUUUUAUCACCAAGUGCAGGAGAAGCUACCGCCAAUAUACAAAGUCCGGGAGAAGCAAGCAGUGGACAGCAACUUCCCCUUCUCUGUGCAUGACAAUCGGCAUAGUUUUGAGAACUCUGGAUGCUACCUUGACUCUGGCCUGGGACGUAAGAAGAUGUCUCCAGAUAAAAGGCAACAUGUUUCAAGAAAUUUCAAUCUUUGGGCAUGUGACUACAUUCCAUCUUGUCUCGAUGGCUUUUCAAAUAACCAAAUAUCAUAUGUCUAUAAGGAAGCCAUGGUGGUCUCAAAUUUCAGACGCUUUCCAAGACACUAUAAUGAGAUAUGGAGCACUUUUAAAUUUAUUCCCGAGCGAAGCUAUACAGAGUAUUUGAAAAAGAAGCCCAAAGUAAGGUUCACUAUUGACAAAAAGGCUAUUUCUCCACUGGAUCCCUAA